AUUAGCAUAUCGUAGCAGCAUAAACCUAGGAAAACACAAAAUCGACAAACAAAACCCAUUGUUAUUACCCCGUCUCGUGAUUUUAAAACCCUUCCAUUAGCACAUUUUUCCCAGCAAAAGGUUGUUAGCAAUGGGGGUUACAAUACAUGCCAAAUCAGACUCAGAAGUUACGAGCAUCGACGCAUCUUCACCACCACGGUCACCGAGGAGGCCGCUGUACUAUGUUCAGAGUCCAUCUCACUCGCAGCAUGAUCUUGAGAAGAUGUCAUACGGGUCGAGUCCAUUCGGGUCGCCCGCCCAUCAUUACCACUGCUCCCCCAUUCACCAUUCCCGGGAGUCCUCAACGUCCAGGUUCUCUGCUUCGUUGAAGAACCCAGCUAGGAAUCAGCUUACUGCCUGGAAGAGAAUACCCAGGACGAAUGACGACGACCCGGCAGAUGAAGACGUCAACGAUGACGAAUUAGGAGAAGAUGAUGGCAAGUCUGGUGAUGAGGGAAAUGUUAGAUUCUAUGUGCUGUGCUUUCUCUUCUCUUUCGUUGUGCUCUUCUCCAUCUUCUCCCUCAUCCUUUGGGCUGCUAGUGUGCCGUACAAACCCAAAAUCUUUGUUAAGAGCAUGGUGUUCGAAAGUUUUAACGUGCAAGCAGGGACAGAUAGGAGCGGGGUGCAAACGGACAUGUUGACUCUAAAUUCGACGGUCAGGAUCUAUUACCGGAACCCUGCAACUUUUUUCGGCGUGCAUGUCACAGCUACACCACUUGAGCUUCACUAUUACAUGCUCAAGGUUGCCUCUGGUCAAAUGAAGAAGUUUUAUCAGCCAAGGAAGAGUAACCGUAUUGUGGUGGCUGUUCUUCAAGGACACCAAAUUCCCCUCUAUGGCGCGAUUCCACUUCUUAGUGAUGCUAAAGACCGGAUUCAAGCUGUCUCUGUGCCGCUCAACUUAACAAUCCUAAUGAGGUCAAGGGCCUAUAUAUUAGGAAGGCUGGUGAAUCCCAAGUUCUACGUUCAUAUCUCAUGUGAAGUUAUUCUCAAAGGCAAACACCUAGGCAAGCACAUCAACUUGACCAGUUCUGGCUCUUGUACUUAUCGAUGAAUUCUUCUUUCUCUUUUGUCGAGCAACUUGAAAAAAUUGGUCUGCUUCUUGUUUGCUUAAAGGUGAUCAAAUAGUAGUCGUACAACUUGCUGAAAGAUGUAUAUUGAUUAACUGUAGGAGAAUAUAUGUUGUGUGUGAAACAUGACUUUUGUCAAUUAGAAUAGUAUUCUUUAUCUGUAAUCUAAACUUUGGAACUUCAUUUCUUACAUAGAAUGAUAGAAUUCAAUUUA